AUGGCUAUUAAAGCAUGUGAAUUACUUCGCGAGGUUGAUGCAUAUUUUAAUAAUGGAGUUGUUGAUGAGGGCAAAUUUGAUUCUAAUAAGAGUUAUUUCCAAUAUAAAUGCCCUUAUGAUAAAGAAGCUAAAGAGCUUCCCGGUUGUAAAAAUAACAAUGAAAGAAUUAACGCUUUGGGAGGAUAUUUAUAUAACAAAUUGGUUAAUAUUGCUAAUGUUUUUAAAGGAGAGGGGGAUAAUGGUAACCGGCAUAUUGAAAUUUUCAUGAUGUGGCUAGGCGAUAAAUUAUAUAAGCUAGAAAACGACAAAACUGCAAUACUGGAAGAAUCUUAUAAAAAUUAUUUAGAUAAUUAUACAGGAAAUUUUAAAUAUUGGAACAUUGUAGGUAGUAAAAAGGAAUAUAAAUUAGCUAAUGUUUGGUAUAUGAGUGAAUUGUAUAACUUACUCAAUUGUAUAUGCAAUAUAGUUAUUGAAUAUGGAAAAAACCCGAACAGCAGGGAAAUUGGAACGAUGUCCAAAAAAUGCCACCAGAAAUUUACAAGUAUUUAUAAAGAUAUUAAAGAUUGUUAUUCAUAUUUUCAUUUAUUAAAGUUCUUAAAAAAUAUAUAUGAUGGUAUUAGAAAUGAUGCUAUUAAAAGAGACAAUGAUUUAAAAGACAAUAUUAGAAAAGCCGCUGCUAGAAGAACCGCUAUUAUAAGUGAUACUAUUAAAAAAGCUAAUAUUCCCUCCCAAAUAAAAAGUUCAAAAGAACUAUUAAAAAAUGUAUUGAAUGCUUCGACUGUCUCUCUUAUAGAUCUAACUCCAUCAGAUUGGAAUCAAAGGUUUCCGAAUGAUUCUGAUAAUAUAACUGAUUUUCAUACUCAAAAAUGUGUUAAUUCAUAUCAUGAAUUUGUGGAACAGGUGAAAAAAGAUAUAUCAAAAGACACACCGACAGUACAAUCCAAACCAGAGCCACUAUCAGCAUCUCAAAAAUCAGAGACAAGUCCUCAAAGUGGAACAAAGGAUUCAGGCACUCAGAAAGGAAAUUCGGAUAGUAAAGGUGGUGAGAAAGGAGGCACAAAAGGAGAAUCAGGAAGUACAGGUGGUGGAUCAGGUAGUGAAACUGGAGAUACAAGUGGUGGACAAAGUGAUCAAAGAGGAUCACCUGGUGGAUCAGACAGUCAAGGGGGUUCAAGUAAUCAAGGAGGUUCAGGUGAUGGGGCAAAGGAAUCAGGGGAUCAGGUUCCAGCACAUCCAUCAGGAGCACCCAAUGGAUACUUGCCAAGUAAUUGGGGAAUGAAUAUCAAUCUUAUGAGUUAUAUGCCUAAUGUUUCCGGUAUAUAUCAAUCUUCAAAGGAUAUUUUAACAAGUGCCACUAACCAAGUCAGUAGUGCAUAUAAUAGUGCUAUGAUCAUUGCGCAAGAUACUUAUAAUAAAACUGUGGACAUUGCAAAAAAUACUUAUGGUAGCGUUGUGUCCACUGUAAAAGAUACUUAUACUAGAUCUACUGAUUAUAUUAGUGGUGCUGUUAAUAGUAUAACUAUCCAAUUGAAUCCAUUCGGCACUUCUCAAUUAGGUGAUAACAAAUCUGGACCCAAUAGUUUAGGGGGUGGGGUGGAUACAUCUAAUCAGUCACAAACAAAUCCGAAACAACCAAUAAAUCCACCACCACCAUCUCUACCGCCAUCUCCAUCACCACUACAAACUUCACCAGAUCCAUCAUCACCAAAACCAAUCGAUUCGCAACCUAUCCUUAUACAUAUUUCCAAAAGUUCAGAUCAACAAAUUGCACCUACUGAUGGAAAUAUAGGAUCUCAAACACCACUGCCUGGUCAAAGUACAUUAGCAAGUUCUGGUAGCAAUUCUUUAAAUACAAAAAAUGGAAACGUAAUUAGUGUAGAAAACGUUAAAGUGAAAGAAAAUUCAUCAAUAUGGUGCAUAGCACAAAAUAAAAAAUAUGACAUACUAGGUAUUGGUAUUAUAAGCAUUUCGAUAUUCGCUUUUUUAGCAAUUAUGUAUAAGUAUUUAUCACUUGGAUGUACAACCAAAUCGAAGAGAAAAAAAAGCGUGAAAAAGGUUAUAAAUUCAAUUGGAGGGAAAAGACCGAUUCAAAUAAUUAUAAAAUCAUAUGAUAGGAGUAAAGACCUAAAACCGAUUAUAAAUUCAGUUGGUAGAAAAAAAGAUUCAUUAUUAAAUAUAUACAAAUUUAUGCAGGCUGAUCCUAUACCAUUUAUUAAUUUAUUUUUUUUGUUAAUUUUUUUUGUUUAUAAAAGACAACUAAAUUAUUUAGAAUUAUAA